CGUAGUGUAAAUGAGGCGCUACCGAAACUACUAAUCCCUAGCAGAUUUGUGAAUCAUAUGUGCGGUGUUUUAGCUACCGAAUCUGAGGAUGAGCACCCAUCGGAUGCGGGUUGCCAAGGACUAAUUUACCCCGAAGACAUGAAACUCAGAGAGUAAUCGAUUACCCCGAGGACGUGAACACGAGCCGACCAUGCCGGUGGGGCUCGGGACUACUAUGGCGUGUGAGGCCGAUAAUGCCUCCCUUGAGAACAAAUUCGAUGCUGCUGUCAGAGUGAUACGGAGCUUGUCUGAAGACGGUCCGUACCAGCCCUCGGAUGACAUGAUGAUGAUGUUCUACAGCUACUACCAGCAGGCUACCAGUGGCCCCUGCUACAGGCCCCGGCCAGCUGGCUUCUGGGACACUGCUGGCAAGGCCAAAUGGGACGCGUGGCGGUCGCUAGGGGAGAUGACCAGGGAGCAGGCGAUGGCGGCGUAUAUAGAUGACAUCCAGCUGAUUCUGGAAACGCUCCCGAUGACGGAGGAGGUGUCGGCUCUGCUGGAGCUCCUGGGGAACUUCUACGAGGAGGUGGAGGGAGGUGCGGAGCAGGAGGAGGAGGACAGGAGACCCUUCACCAGGCCUUUUGCGUCCGCUUCAGGUGCCCGACUAAAAUCCCAGCACUCAGGACCCCUGAAGGACCUAUCCACUGAGCACACGUACACACACUACAGUGUAGGUAGGACUGUGGCUUCCUGACCCUUGACCCCUGACCCUGGCUGACUGGUGUUUGUGUCUCUCUUGGCCAGUUGGGUUCGGAGGGCCUGCUGACAAGCCGCUGAUGGAAGGCAAGUCUACUGGUGGCCCCGCCCACCUGACCUGUAGACCAGCAGUGCUGUGUGUAGUGUUAUUUACCGGUAGUGGUGUGUGUAGCGUGUGAGUUUCUUGAAGUUCUUCGUGAUGGUGUGUGAGUUUCUUGCAGUUCUUCGUGAUGGUGUGUGUAGUCUGUGAGU